AUGCGUCAACACGUUGCAUGGGGCAAAAUGACGGAAAGAAAGGGUUCACUACUUUUGGCGUGGCAAGUCAAAGACAAACAUUGUCUUGUGGUUGGAGCGGGUGAGGUUGCCCUUUCUAGAAUACAUCACUUGCUCAUAGCUCAGGCUAAAGUAACUGUGGUCACUGGUAUCACCAAAGAUGUGCAUCCCGAGAUUCUCGCUCUACACACACAAGGUAGGCUCCACAACUUGGUUUUACGAAAUUACGAAAGCGAGGAUUUGAGAAUGUACGAGGUGGGAUCUUUGGAGUUGGACUAUACCAAGAUUUCCCCUCAAGAUUACGAAGAGAUUGCGAAUAUUGCGAAUGAGUCAUUUGCUUGUGUGUGCUGUUGCAUCGACGACUACGAUUUGAGUACCAAGAUAUACUAUCAGUGCAAGGCGCUUCGGUUGCCUGUUAACAUAGCAGACAAACCUCCGUUAUGUGACUUUUAUUUCGGAAGCAUGAUCAACAAGGACAAUUUGCAGAUUAUGAUCAGCACAAAUGGGAAAUCUCCUAGACUAUCGAAACUUAUAAAAGACAAUAUUGCUAAACAGUUUGAAGGGGUCGAUGUUAACAACGCUAUUGAUAAUUUGGGGUUGAUUAGAUCGAGGCUACGAGAAUUGAUCUUGAUAGAUGACGAUUUGUGGGGAGCAAACAAAAGUGGACAAGAUUGUCAACUGUUUCCCAAAGUACCCUCCGCGCGACUUUGA